AUGCCCGCCCCCAUGUGGAGGGAGCACUGCGGCUUGCGGGGUGGCAGCCGGGGGAAGGGGGGAAGUCUCAGGCGGCACGGUAGGGGCCACCGGCGAGCGAUGGGAUCGAAGCACUCGAGAAAGCGGAAGCGCCCGGCAUCCACCGCGGCUGCCUUGGCUGCGGCCCCCGCCCUGCAGCGUGGCUCGCCACAGAUUGAAGACUUUACGCAGCAGCUGAUGGACGCCAUGGCCCACGCGAGCGCGACGACGGUGGGUGUUCUGCAGCCCUCCACGAGCUCCUCUUCCUCCUCCUCCGAGGAGGAGGACGGGACGAGGUACACGCGCGGGCAUGCAACGGCGCCGGUGGCUGCACCGGCCGUCAAGGACACCACCGCAAGCAGCGCCACGGCGACGCCGCCAGCGCAGAGGUCGCGGAGCAGAACAACAUCGAGGCCCUCUGCAGAGUGCAGCCCAUGCAAUCGGGUGGCACGAACGACUCCAGCGAGGCGUGCGAGUCCAGAGGGUCACAACAUCCAGUUGAGGGCCUGUAGUAUUCAGGCUGCGUGUACUCCUCCGCGCGAUGAGGGCCGCCCUUGGCCAGGUGAUGCCUCGCGGACGGAGGCGGAGCUGCUGCAGCAGCACGGCCACUUAUCACAAUUCAACAGCCUCUACUCGAUGCCGAAGGGAAGUGGCACUCACAGCGGCAGCAGCAGUAGCACUAGUGGCGGCUCUGAGGGUGCUGUGGACGGCGGCGUAGCGGACGGGGGUGGAAGUGAAGCGGGAGAGGCGGAGGAGGAACGACGUGUGCGGCGUCGACGCAGGGAGUUGUCAGAGAUUCCACCGGGAAGUCUUGCGUUGUACACACGCUUGGCGGAGUGCGGUGUCGACGCCGUGGACCGUCCCUUUGCGACCUGCGUUGUUAGGCGAGCCCAAGGGGUUGUGGAGGCGUGGGCCGCAGGCUUCGUGUAG